CCAGCUAGAAAGAGUAUAGUAAGGAAACUAGUAUUAUAAAUAAGGGUCUUAAGGUAAGUCUCCUUCAAAAUUCAUUGACAAUCUCUAGAGACUCAGAGGGAAAAUAGUCCAAAACAAAUGGCUACCAUCGAUGUUCCUCAUCAGGUUUCAUUUCUUGAAGAUGCUGAAGCUCUUCGAAAGGCUUGUAAAGGAUGGGGGACUGAUGAGAAGGCUAUAAUUUCAGUUCUGGGUCAUAGAAAUGCAGCUCAGAGAAAGCAAAUCAGGCUAGCUUACGAAGAGCUGUACCAGGAAGAUCUCAUCAAGCGUCUUGAAUCGGAGCUUUCUGGUGAUUUUGAGAAAGCGGUGUACCGUUGGGUACUGGAUCCAGCAGAUCGAGAUGCUGUCCUAGCUAAUGUUGCCAUAAAGAAAAUUAGCCCUGAUCACCAUGUGAUCAUCGAAAUUUCGUGCACCAGAUCCCCUGAAGAGCUGUUGGCUCUGAGGAGAGCCUAUCAGGCUCGAUACAAGCAUUCCCUGGAGGAAGAUGUUGCUGCUCAUACCAAGGGAGACAUCCGAAAGCUCUUGGUUGCCUUGGUGAGUGCAUUCAGAUAUGAUGGGGAGGAGAUAAAUACCAGACGAGCAAAUUCUGAAGCCAAUAUUCUUCAUGAUGCUAUCAAAGACGAGGCUUUCAACCAUGAAGAAGUUAUCAGGAUCCUGAGUACAAGGAGCAAGAUGCAACUCAUGGCAACUUUCAACUGCUACAGAGAUGAUCAAGGCACUACCAUCACCAAGAAAUUGCUAGGUGAGUCGGGUGAUGAAUUCCUGGUGGCACUGCGUACUGCAGUUCGAUGCCUCAAUGACCCGAAAAAGUACUUUGAAAAGGUUUUGCGCAAUUCAAUCAAAGGGAUCGGAACUGAUGAGGAUGCUCUUACCAGAGUGAUCGUUACAAGGGCUGAAAAGGACCUGAAAGAGAUCAAAGACCUUUACCACAAGAGAAACAGUAUGCCUCUUGAACAGGCUGUCGCCAAGGACACCUCGGGCGAUUACGAGGCCUUCCUUCUAACUCUGUUGGGGAAGGAAGAUUGAUAUCUUCUUCGGCCAUUUGCUGGUUUUAAUUAAGUGGUGUUAUUUACUUUGGUGGAACCUUGUUGAUCCAAGCGACUACUUUCUUGAACCCUGUUUAAGUUUCUCUGUGGCGUGACAAAAUUUAUCUAUGUAUGUCCAUUUCGUAUGGUGUUUUUAA